AUGGAAGAAGCAGCAGAUGCCGCGACAGUGACAACUAACAAAAAGAGCCUGAUGAUAUUCGGCAGAGAUGUUGCAAAAAUCCCAUGCUUUCGGAAUAGCUGGUUGUACGGAAUUUGCAGCGGGGUCGGAUGUGGAAUUCUGACGUUUAUGUUCACCAGCAGAACGCCCCUAGCUUCUCACGUCUUCAUGGGCUCGACUUUUGGAGUCACCCUGGUAUAUUUCUCGGUCUGUCGGUAUCGAUUUGCUAAGGAUGACCUGAUGGCUAAGCAGCUCAGAGUUUAUAUGAAAGACUCGAUGGAUCUCGAGGGUGCAGAUCGGGAAGCUAAACUUAAACAAAUAGAAGAACUCACGAAGACUCAGACUAAGUAG